AUGCAAUCCAACCACUAUCCGGUAGAUAAAACCUACAAAUUGCAUGCAGGAAUUAGAGGUGCUUACUGGGAAGCUAUGGCGAGUGAGAGAGGAGGCGAUCUGAGACAGAUGGUAGAACAAACGAUGUCGUCUGUGCUUUCUAGUUUUAGGUACUCGACAAAGUUCAGGACUCCGACAGAUUACCUAUAUUUGGGGCUUUUCCGGCGGCGGGAUGGAAGCUUCGGAAGAGUAGAUGCAGGUGGAAUUAACGCGAAGAGAAAGACGAAGCGCCGACUGCUGGAGAAUGGUUUCGGCGUAGAGAGUGAUGAAGAGUAG